ACCAUUUCACAAUCUUCCUAUAAAAGGACUCAUACACUACCAUAGGGUUGGAAUAAUAACACAAAGUACAUCUACUGUUAAAUCAUGGAUGUAGAGAAAGUUUUUCACAUGACCGGUGGAGUUGGAGAUACCAGCUAUGCCAGAAAUUCUUCAUUGCAGAAAAAGGGCUCUGAUAUGGUGAAGCACAUAACCAUAGAAACAAUUCAAGAAGUGUACAUGAAUACAACUCCAAAGAGCAUUGGCAUAGCUGACUUGGGGUGCUCCUCAGGACAGAACACAUUCUCAACAAUCAAAACUCUUGUUGAUGCUGUCGGAGAAACAUGUCAAAAGCUCUUGCUGUAUCCACCACCCGAGUUUCGGAUUUACCUUAACGAUCUCCCCACGAAUGAUUUCAAUGCAAUUUUUAAGAGCUUGCCAGAUUUCUACAAAGAAUUGAAAGAACACAGAAAUUACGGAAUUGCUAGUUCAAUUAAUUGUUCACCGGCUAUUUACAUAGCUGGUUAUCCAGGCACAUUUUAUGGUAGACUUUUUCCAGACAAUUGCUUGCAUUUUAUCUAUUCCUCCUACAGCUUGCACUGGCUUUCCAGAGUCCCAGCGGGGAUUUAUGACAAACAAGGUAAAUCUGUAAACAAAGGCAGCAUUUACAUAUCCGAAUCGAGCCCGCCCGAGGUGUCUCAAGCUUACCAUAGACAGUUCCAGGAGGACUUUAAUUUAUUUCUCCGAUCACGAUCGGGGGAGCUUGUUUCUGGAGGAAGUGCUGUGCUUAUUUUGCUAGGUCGAAGUGGUGCAAAUCAUGUCGAUAGAGGAAAUUCGUUUCUGUGGAAAAUACUUUCUAGAUCAUUUAAAAUUUUAAUUUCGAAGGGGCAAAUUGAUGCGAAGAGUCUUGAUGAGUACGAUGUUCAUUUUUACGUGGCUUCAGAAGAUGAGAUACGAGAGGAAGUGAGCAGAGAGGGUUCGUUUGUAGUGGAGCGUUUGGAAAUGUUUGAAAUGGAGAAAAAAGCCGAGGGGGAGAUGAGCUAUGGCACGGCAGUGGCCAUGGCGGUUCGGGCUAUACAGGAGUCGAUGAUCAGCCACCAUUUCGGUGAAGAAAUUCUUGACAGUUUGUUUGACAUAUUUGGGAAACUGGUGGAUGAAGAAUUGGGUGUGGAGGAAAUUAGUCUCGUCUCUUUUGUUCUCGCCCUUAAGAAAUUAUAGAUGUUAGAUGUCAAUUGCUUAAUUUGCUUUCUAUUUUUGUCAUAAGUUUAUUUAUGUAAUAAUAAUUCUGCAGCCUAAUGAAUGUACUUCUAGCAGACACCGUGUAAAAUUAUUAUGUAACUAGGUACAUUCAGGUUUAAAGGAUGUACUCUGUCUUGACUUA